CUUUCAUACAAUUUUUCUGGAAUUCGAAACAUUUUCCGUUUCUAUCCUCGAGCUCCGGACUGAAAAUGAAAGGCAGCAACUAUUUCCAGUAAUUGGAAAGCCCUAUCGUCUCCUUCUCCAGCAGCUUCUCGUUCUGCGAAAAGCUCAUCAGAAAGGUUGGUCACAUGAGGAAAUCGUCUGCAGAUUCCCCCUCUCUUUUGCCGUUGGGAAAAGAGCGCUGAAAAACUUGGCAAAAGAGGGUGUCCUCGCGUCCAAACAAAACCGCAGCCGCUUUUGUCUUCUUCUAGCCCCGGAACAGAUCUUUGCUUAAAGUUAAACCUGGUGAUGAUUAUAGCAUUAGUUGCAGUGUACUGAGACAAAAUCCGAGCGGAAACCAAGAUCCGUACGGACCCCUGCCCGUCUUGCAGGCAGUGAAUUGGUAGUGACAAGUCGAGCAGAAGACAUUGUGCAUGAUGGGACGAAAGGCCUAGGAGCGAGCAAAGAGAGGCUUCCUGGAAGUUCUGAAAUCGUGGAGGGAGGAGAUGCAUGUUUCGUGGGAAGCCGUCCGACAAGUUGAAAUGAGGAGAGUUUAGAGGCACAUUCAGUACCGAGAAACCCUACCACUGCCGCUUUCUGUCUCUGGCUCUCUCUUUCAAUGCAAGAAACGCCCUCCAGCAAGAAGAUGAAUCUUGGGUCGACGCCUCCUCGUCGAGGGAUGGACAGAACCUGGCUUCUGGCUCUCUUGCUCCUCCAAUUCAUGCCCAAGGAGGAGGCUUUCGGCGUCGGCGGCGGCGCCGGUGUCGGCAUCGGCAUCGGGGGCGCCGGCGGCGGCGGCGGCGGCGUUUGGAUUGGCGGAGGAAUUAACAGCCCAAGCCCACCUGGGUCUUCUUCUUCAUCGCCCAACCUCGAAGCGGCCUACAAUGCACUCCAAGCGUGGAAGACCUCGAUCACCGAAGACCCUCAGGGGGUUUUGCGGAACUGGGUCGGUCCCAACGUGUGCUCUUACAAGGGGAUCUUCUGUGCAGAUUCGCAGGAGGGUUUCCUGGAAAGCAACGGUCCUGUUCUCGCGGGCAUUGACCUGAACCGCGCGAAUCUGCUGGGCACGCUCGCCCCGGAGCUGUCUUCCCUCGCGGACCUGACCCUCUUCCACCUCAACAGCAACAGGUUCUCGGGCUCGGUCCCUAGCUCCUUCGCUGGCCUCGCCUCUCUCCAGGAGCUCGACCUCAGCAACAAUCGCUUCUCCGGCACGUUCCCGAGCGCGGUCCUAGACAUGCCCAGCUUGCUCUAUCUCGAUCUCAGGUACAACAACUUCUCCGGGCCGAUCCCGCCCGAGCUCUUCGCCAAUGGCAAGCUUGACGCGAUCUUGCUCAACAACAACCGCUUCGAUGGCGAUCUGCCGGAGACAUUGGGAAGCUCGCAGGCCUCUGUGGUCAAUUUGGCUAACAACAGGCUAAGUGGGAACAUCCCGGCCACUCUCGGCCUCGUGAGCGGCAACAAGAUCAGAGAGAUCCUGCUUUUGAACAAUCAGCUCACCGGGUGCAUCCCCGAGGGGAUCGGGCUCUUCUCGGACAUGGAGGUGUUCGACGUGAGCUACAAUUCCCUGAUGGGUCACUUGCCGCACACCGUGUCGUGCCUGACCCAGAUCGAGGUCCUGAACCUGGGACACAACAAGCUGUCCGGGGUCUUGCCCGACGUCGUCUGCGCCCUCAAGAGCCUAGUGAACCUCACCGUGGCCUACAAUUUCUUCUCCGGGUUCAGCCAAGACUGCACGGUGCUCCCGUUCCGGAACGUCGGGUUCGAUUUCGUGGCCAAUUGCAUACCGAACCGGCAGAUGCAGAGGCCUCAGCCGGAUUGCUCGGUGAUCCCAGGAGGGAGCUUGAGUUGCCUGAGGAUCCCCGGCGCUUCUGAGCCUCUGGUCUGUGGGGCACUUGGGGCCUUGUCAAGAACAGUUGGCGAUCUCGCCGGGACCGUUGGCGAUCUCAUCCCGGCUCCUCCAUGACAGAAGAGAGAUACGGGGAGAGAUAGGGACAAGAAAGAGAAAGUCACUAUUUUUGUUGGGGCAAAGAGAGAGGUUUGGUGAUGCUGGUGUCCCUGCAUUGAAUAGCUGCUGUUAAAGAUGGUAGACUAUUUCGUUCUUUCACUCAUCCUCUGAUGCAUCGACUUAUUUAGUUCUGUUUAAGAAACCAGUACAUAGAAUAGGUGGUCAUAAGCUCUUCUUUCUUGGAGAAGACCAGGAUGUGAAGUGAAGAGCAAGUGUUUUUUCUCUCUUUUUCUAGGUAGAGAGUUACCACAAACCCAGAGGGACAAUCCCCAAAGUUCCCUCUACUCUGCACCAAUUUAUUAGAUAAAUCUUGGGGCAGUGACAAUGUGCCCCCGCUUAGAUUUUUCAAGUUGUCGCAAACUCUGUCCGAGAUGAUUUCUGCAAUCUUCCCUCUCAUGUCUCGAUAUAAAUCGCCGCAUCCCAACUGAUUUCGACUCCGGUCGAUCUGCCAAGAACUUACUUAAGCAUGCAGCCAAACGAUUCUCAAACUUUUGCUUGGCCUUAUUCAGGCAGUGAGACUCCGAUUGAAAGUGCCGACUGUGUAAUGGCAUUCUUGUUUUAUUUGCUUAAAUGUUAGUGCCACCUAGGUGCUUUCCUUCACCAUGGAGAGUCAGGACUUUUGACAGCUCAUCUGCAGAAGAAGAUGGAGACGAAAGGGCGGGAACAAGAGGUCGGAUCGUUAAAGGAAUUGGAAUAUUCUCGGCCGGUUAAAGUAGUCUGCGUUCUGAGUUUUUUCUUGUUCUUUUCUCUGCAACAGAUGGAGGAAACAUCAUUUCCUUCACGUGCGCCCUUACAGCACGGUACAACAAGCUGUUUACUCCGGCACCGGCAGGUGUGAUCGGUUCUAAAACUUAUCUUGUUAUAAUUAGUUCCAAUUUUUGGCCCU